GGACGUUUCGAUAAGUAAACUUGUUUAUCUGUUUAUCUAUGUACAGACUCUUCAAAUCUCUUUCCUUAUCUAUGGUAGCAUUUGGUAGCAAUAAUCUUGUGUUUGACAAAUUAUAACCUAACUUACGUUCAAAGCGUUCUAGGCUAGGGUUAUAUGACGGUAUAUGACACUCAGUAUAACAAUAUUUAUUACGUAAUGUGUAUCUUAGGACUUUUAGUAAUAAAAAAAAAUUAUUGACUCUAAUAUAGAAUGCAUUCCGAUUUAUCCGCACACUUACAUUCAGAUGAAUGCAAUGCGAUUAUUAAGCGAUUACAAAAUUGCCGGCAAGAGAACGCGUUUAUGAAAUUUUUGGGAGCUUGUAACGAUAUUGAUAGAGAAUUAGUGAAGUGCCUUCGAAGAGAUCGCGAAGCAAAACGCAAGAAAAAUAAAGAGUCUUCUGACUUAAGAUACAAGCGUAAUACAACUUCACAAUAAUAUUGUUGGGUUAUACAUCGAGAUAGUCAAA